AUGACAUACAGAUUCAGCAAAGGAGCUGUGAUCGAGACCUUAUUACCUCUGGUAGAUGCUCGAUUAAGGCGAUUCAAUAAUCGUGAACUACCGGUUUCUCCGUUGAUGCAACUUUUAAUAACUGUACGAUUUUAUGCAACAAGUAGCUUUCAAAUUGUUAACGGAGAUAUUAGAGGAUACAGUCAAGCAUCUGUAUCGCGUAUUGUUGCACGAGUGUCAAGAAUUUUAGCAUCCUAUGUAGGGCAAUACAUAAACUUCUCUACACAACAGCAUCAAAGGCAAAAUACUAAUAGAUUUUAUGAAAUAGCGAAUUUUCCAUGUAUAAUAGGAUGUAUCGAUUGUACUCAUAUACGUAUUGCCAAUCCUGGAGGAAAUAAUGGAGAGGUGUUUCGGAAUCGAAAAGGAUGGUUUUCUUUGAAUGUGCAGGUUGUAUGUGGAAGCGGUGUUCGGUGUCGUUUCAAAUUGGGAUACCUCGACGGAAUUUUACUUGGAGAUAGUGGAUACGCAUGUCGAAAAUAUUUACUGACUCCUGUAUUAAGGCCUGAUAACGAUGCAGAAGUUAGAUAUAAUAAUGCACAUAGGAAGACCAGAGUUAUUAUCGAACAGCUAUUCGGAGUUUGGAAGCACCGCUUUCCAUGCUUAUACUACGGUUUAAGAACAAAACUAA